CUUCCUCUUGCUGGUAACACACGUAGCUCUCGGACAGCUGCUGCUCUCAUGUCUCCCCGGGUCUCUUUGCUUGUUUUCGGCAGAACUUCAGAAUUUGUCAGUUCUGCAGCUCUCUGACAGCCUGCUAUUUCGGUGUGUCCUACCCCAGUCGGAAGAGAUGAUCCGGUUCUGGUUCAAAGCGGCGGUCGUACUCUGGCUCGUCCCUGGGUCCCUGGGAACCGCAGCCCGGCUGUACACGGAGGAGGACCCGCUGGUGAUCCUCAGUAGCAGCAGCCUGAAGCCCAGCGUCAUUAACUCGUCCUCGGCCUGGCUCGUCCAGUUUUUCUCCUCUUGGUGUGGACACUGCAUCCAGUACUCCAGCACAUGGAAGGCUCUGGCCCAGGAUGUCAAAGACUGGCAGCAGGCGGUCAGUGUGGCGGUGUUGGACUGCGCUCAGGAGGAAAACUUUGACAUCUGUAAAGAGUUCAGCAUCAAGUUCUACCCGACAUUCAGAUAUUUCCGGGCUCACAGUCCAGAGACAGAUAGAGGGACACCAUACAGAGGUGCAGACAGAGAGAUCCAGUCAGUAAGACAGUUGAUGGUGAAUAUCCUGCAGAAUCACACCAAGCUGGACCGGCCUGAUCACUGUCCUCCACUGGAACCAUACAGUUCUGUGGAGCUGCUCCCUCUGUUGGGUCAGAGGUCAGAUCACUACACCGCCAUCAUCAUAGAGGAACCAGACUCCUACGUAGGACGAGAGGUGAUCUUGGACCUGCUGCAGUACUCAGGUGUAGAGGUGAAGAGAGCUCUGAGCUCUGAUCUCCCCCUGCUGGAUGCUCUGAAGAUCACAACCUUCCCCUCUAUUUACCUGCUGCACCCGAACACAACACACACACACCUGCAUGUUCAGAAGCGGUUGCGUUUCUUCUUCUCUUCCUUGUUGAGGACGUUACCAGGAGUUCAGCGCAGGUUGAAAUUUGGCAGCAGCAGCAGUACCAGUGAAGACCAGAUGGGGGCGCUGUCAGACAAACAGAGCACCGAGCCCUGGAGGGACUUCGACAGGUCAAAGGUGUACGCAGCUGAUCUGGAGUCAGCCCUCCACUACCUGCUGAGAGUCGAGCUGGCUACUCAUAAUACCCUGGAGGGAGAGGAGCUGAAGAUCUUUAAGGACUUUGUCACUUUGGUCGCAAAGUUGUAUCCAGGUGGGGGUUCUGUGGUGAAGCUCAUGGAGACUCUCUCUGAUUGGCUGCUCAGUCUGCCGCUACUGCGAAUCCCCUACCAGGCUGUCCUGGACCUUGUGGACAACAAGAUGAGGAUUUCAGGUGUGUUCCUGGGGGCGGAGCUUCGCUGGGUUGGUUGCCAGGGCAGCAGGGCGGGGCUUCGAGGUUACCCAUGUUCCCUCUGGACUCUGUUUCACGUCCUGACCGUCCAGCAUGAUGCCACGCCCACUGCACUGGAGAACACAGGUCUGGAGGGCGAGGCGGCUCCGGUGCUGCAGGUGAUGCGUCGGUACAUCCGGACGUUCUUCGGCUGCGAGGAGUGCGGUCGACACUUUGAACAGGCAGCUGCUGUCAGUAUGGAGAAAGUCCAGAACAGAGAGGACCAGGUCCUCUGGCUGUGGAACCAACACAACAUGGUCAACUACAGACUAGCUGGCUCUCUGAGUGACGACCCCCUCUUCCCUAAAGCUCCGUGGCCGAGCCCCUCCCUCUGCUCCUCCUGCCACGAGGAGAAAAAUGGCGUCCACGUCUGGAACCACGACAACGUCCUCUUCUUCCUCAGACAACACUAUGGAGCUUCCAACAUGUCCCCCAAAUACUCGCUGACUCCCCCACGACUCCCUGCACCUCCUCCUGGUACCGAUCUUGUCCGGACCAGCCGGCCUCAGGAGGAGCACCAUGGAGGAGGAGGAGCAGCAGGAGGAGGAGGAGGAGGAGGAGGAGGAGGAGGAGGAGGAGGAGGAGGAGGAGAGAGAAAGGGGCCGGAGGAGAAAUCUGAGGAGCAGCCGGAGCCUCGACCUGGACACCAGGCUCUGAGGGAGGAGGUUCUGGAAGGAGGAGGAGGAGGAGGUGUUUGGAUUCUUGGUCUGGGUUUUAACAGCGUGGACAUGAGUCUUUGUGUGGUGCUGUACGUCUGCUCCUGCCUCUUCCUCAUGCUCCUUUUCUUCUUCUUCAAAGUCCGAUCCAGGAGGUGGAAACUCCGACACUCCCGCCUCCACGUCUGACAGGCCAGUUUUACCCGGACCAGAACGGUUUAAACCGGACCACAACAGUUUAACCAAGACCAGACUAUUUUAACCAGGAUCAAACUGGUUUAUGGAGUUUAAAGUGUAUAUCUGUAGUCCUGUUCUGGACUCUGUGGGUCUCUCGCACCUGUUUUAAGAGGCAGUCCACCCAAACCACAGAACAAUGCCCCCUGGUUGUACCUGUAGCCGGUAGACCUCUGACGGGCCAGGUAUAUGUUCACCUGUGUGUCAGACCUGGAUGGUCCCAAAGAGGGACAUGAUGGGAGACCAGUCAGCACACUGGGACUGAACUGGACCAGCCUGGUUCUGCUGAGCUCACUUUGUGCCAAAUGUUUUAACCUGCUGACAGACGGCAAACCUUUCUUCUAAGGCCACGCCUCCAUCUACACAAACACUGGGCUGUGUGUGUGUGUGUGUGUGUGUGUGUGUGUGUGUGUGUGUGUGUGUGUGUGUGUGUGUGUGUGUGUGUGUGUGUGUGUGUGUGUGUGCACGUGUGCGUGUGUGUGUGUGUUUCUCUAAACUGUGAAACAUAGACCCGUCCUGAUGAAUAAUUGUCAUUGCAGACAAACUGAUUGAUUGGAAGUAUUUUAAUAAUUAGCUCAACAGUCACGUUCGAUCCUGCAGGUUUGUGUCGUGGCGACUGCUGGCUGUUGAUUUUAAACACAAACUGCUGACAUUUAUAAAAGUUUCGAUAUGUACAAAUGAUUUGGUGAAUUAUAUAUGAGAAACUGAGCAGAACACUGGAUAGAAAGUGUGUUCAUACACAUAUAUAUAUAUAUAUAUAUAUAUAUAUAUACAUAUAUUACACAUAUGUAUAUAUAUUAUGUGUGUGUGUGUAUAUACACUGUAUAUAAUUAAUUUUUAGGUGUUUUUUUUUUAUUUUUUAAACAAGUGAAAUCCAAUUCUGGAUUUUGAGUCAAAUAAUGAAAUUAAUCUUGAAACCUGAUAACCCAUCAGCUGAUGCUUGAACAUAUUAAAGUCUCUUAAAUCUGGUUAUUGACCAAAUAUGUCCCACUCGGUAAUAUGUAACAGUACAGUUCAAACAUUAAACUUGACUGAACAUUAAAUUAGUUUUUGUAGCAACUAUAAACAAAAAUACAACGAAUGAAGUAAAGAAGAAGACUCACUGUGUGUGUGUGUGUGUGUGUGUGUGUGUGUGUGUGUGUGUGUGUGUGUGUGUGUGUGUGUGUGUGUGUGUGUGUGUGUGUGUGUGUGUGUGUGUGUGUGUGUGUGCGCGUGCGUGCGCUCUACUGUAUUCAUUUACUCUUCUGCUGUUAUUUAAACUCAAACAAGAAAGGAAGAUAGAAAUACACAAACGGAGAGUAAAAAGUUAAAAUAUUAAUACAAAAAUAUAAAUAUAAUUGUAUACACAAUGACGUCAGUUUCAGAGGCCCCGCUGUAAAUAAUCCUAAAUAAAGCACACAUCCCUCAAUUUAAACUAAUUUCUACCAUUUCAGGCCUUGAAUUUAAAACAACAUUGAAGUUUGUAGAGAAGAACACCCGCAGUAACCAUCAGGAGAAACUCUUUAUAGAGAAUACAGUGAUGUCACUCAGCGAUGUCAUGAGCCAGCUGAUGAUGUGACGUUACUACAGAAAGUUUACAUGAAACAGAUGUGAUAAAGGUCAUGUAACAGGUUUUACAAAAAGGCCAUUAAGUCCCAUGUUGAAUAUAUUUUAACUUUUGAAUCCAUUAAAAUUUUCUAUUUUUUACCCAGAAAUAAAAUUAGUAAGAAGAUUUUUAAAUUGAAAGAGAAAAUGGCAAGUACAAGAAAAUGCUGAGUAGAAUCGUACUGUGGUUAAAUGUCAACAUGAGAAAUGGUUGAAUUUUCGAUUGUGAAUAAUAACUUUUUUUGUGUCCAAAUAAAUGUUGCAUUUUUUUUCAAAUCUAGUAAAUUGCUAAAAUGUUUAAAGGAAUUUAAACAUUUCAAUUGAAACAAAAACAUGAAGUAAUUAUUUAAUUGAGUUUUCAGUUUGAGUGAUUUUAUUUCAGGUUUUCAUUUUUUUUCACAUUUAGUUAUGUUCAAAUUAGUAUUGAGACGUGCAGUAAAAUCAAAGUUUUUCUGUCAUUUUCAGUUUAAAUUUCACAUUUUUGGUUUGAUUUUAUUAAUUUUGUCUUAUAUAUUAACUCUCAAUAUAACUUAUUCUAAUGUUUUUCAUGUUUUAAUUUUAACAUGUAUUUUCUGGCUUGAAUGAUCCUUCAUAUUUUGUGUGGUGAACAGAUUCUCAGUGUUUCAUUUAUUUAUUAGCUGCUUUUAUUUUCUGCUUGAGAUAUUCGUGACGGAGCGAUGAGUCAGAAGCUGCUGCAGUAGAUUCGUCCUUCGACGAUCCCUCUGCUAAAAACUGUUCAGGAUGACAACCUCCUGAAACCUUAUUGAUGUACAGUAUUUAUCUGCUGACGCCUGAACGCACCGUCCAACCGCCUCACAGCUUCUGUUCUCUGCUUCUUUUGCUUUCUGUUCUAAUUUAUUAUUUCGAUGAGAUGUAAAUAAUCCGUCUGAAUAAAUCAUGUUGCAGCUCACUGA